AUGCGUGGGAAAAUGCGUACAAUGAGUCCUCUUCGUCGCCUACUACUAGCCCUCGCGAUUCCCAAGGCAGUUCUGUCGGCAGGCUCGAUCGAGGUCGAUACCAGCUCCAUCCUACAAGAGAUCCAUGGCUUCGGCUUUUCUCAAGCCUUCGGGCGCGCCAGCGAGUUCGAGGCUGCUAGCGCUGAUCUGCAGAAACAGGCCCUGGACCUCCUCUUCAGCACCGAGACAGGGGCUGGGUUCAGCAUAAUCCGGAACAACAUCCCAUCUAGUGUUGACAGCACCAUUGAGCCAGGGAGCCCUGGUUCGCCGCCAGAUACACCCAAUUACACAUGGAGCGGCGAUGACGCCGGGCAGGUUUGGUUUACCAAGCAAGCUGUGUUGUACGGCGUGUCGACUAUCUAUGCGAAUGCUUGGAGCGCGCCGGGGUUUAUGAAAACCAAUGGUGACGAGGCAGCGCCUGGGACCAGCUAUUCCCAAAUGCAGAUCAGCUCAGACGCAGCGGAAGCCAUCUCAUUGAUUCCAACUCUAUACCAAACCGUCCAAGACGCGGACCUAGCCCUGAACAUCACAUGCUGCGAUGCCAUCGGCUGGGACGGCCAGGAAACCUACACGACUGCCCUCAACGCCGCCGGUAUGGACGAGUAUCUCAACGUAAUCACAUCCCACAUGUACACCAGCGAUGCCACCUCUGCUAUCGACACAGGCCUGCCAACCUGGAUCACCGAAGCAGGCGUGGAAACCGGCGACGCGCCCUUCACCACCACAUGGCACGACUCCGGCGCACCAAACGAGGGCAUGCUCUGGGCUAGCAAGCUCGCCACGGGCUUCAUCGACGCGAAUCUCUCGGCUUACCUCUUCUGGGAGGGCUUUGAGAUUGAGGAGACUCAGUCGGCGAGCCACCUCGUUGAUGUGGGCUCUAGUGGUGGCGCUGAGGGCUCGGGGAUCUUCUAUGCCUUUUCCAUGUGGUCGCGCUUUAUCCGGCCUGGGGCUCAUCGGGUAGAGACCAACGGGUCGGUGGACGAUGUUGCAACGGCGGCAUUUGUUAAUGCUGAUGGCUCGGUUGUUGUUGUGCUGACGAAUGGUGGUGAUGUGGCGCAGACUGUGCAGAUUGGGGUGUCAGUUCAGUUUACGGCGGCGGACGCUUGGGUUACAGAUAACGACCACCAAAUAGCAGAGACGAAUGCUACGGUCAGCAGUGGCAGUGUUGGGGUCGAUGUUCCAGCGCGGGGCGUCGUUACUGUGAAGCUUACGUAG